AAACAAAGUUUUUUAGUUGCAAUAUUUUCAGUUUUUGCUGUUUUUUGGCUUAAAUUUCAUGAAAAAUCCGAAAAAGAAGGUGAUUUUUGGCUUGGAAAUUAAUUUUUCAUUUAUACAUUUUUUCAGAAUUUGACUUUGCAAAAAAUUAUAGAGACCAAAUUCUGAAAAAUCGUUUGUUUUUAAUCGAUUUUUGCGCUAAUUUUUCUCAAUUUUUUGUGUUUUUUCGGAUAAAAAAACAUUUUCAGACUUCAGAGUAAUGCAUACACGUAUUCUUAACGCUAAAAACCAACAAACCUAUGUUCUUUUUUACGAAGAUGAAUCGGUUUUUUCCAACUUUCACCCAUCGAAUUUCGAAGCGGAAACUGCGAAGAAACUGGUGAAUUCUGGGAUGUUUAAGGAAGAGGAAAUGUUGAAAUUCAAUUGCAGUGAGCAGUAUUUUAUGUACCAUAAGGCGCUUCUUGUCGGAGAUGUUGACUCGGCAAAAGUCAUAAUCACAGCUAAACAUCCGAUGGUAAUGAAAAUGACUGGAAGACAACUUAAUAUGAAUAGACAUGACAUUGACAAUUGGACCCAAAAAUCCCGCGACAUCAUGUACCUUGCCUGUCUGGCAAAAUUCUCUCAGAACGUGGAGCUCCGCAAGAUGCUCUUCAGAACUCAGGACAUGUACCUCGUGGAGGCUUCUGGAAAUGAUGCAAUUUGGGGAAACGGAAUCUGGAAAGAAGACAAAAGGUCUGAUGACGUGGCAAAUUGGCAUGGAACAAAUUAUUUGGGAGAAAUACUGGAUCGAAUUCGCGGGGAAUUGAUUGGAAAACCCGAGUUUGCCGCUGAAAAAGAAGCUGUUCAGCUGGAAAGUUUGGAACAGAGAAUUCAAAUGUUGAUGGCUUAAAUUGCAUGAAAUUUUUAUUAAUUUAUAUUUGUAAAAUAAAAAUUUACUUUUGAAAU